AUGGCGGUAGGCGGCGACGGCAUUUACAUGAUAGGGGUGCUUUGGGGUCUAGCAGCGGUCGUACUCGUCUUCUUAGCCCUGCGUGCGUACACUAGACUGGUCUGCGUCGCUGCAUAUGGAAUUGAUGACCACUUUUAUGCUGCUACCUGCGUCCUGGUGGUGUUGUUCAGUUCCUUCAUGCAAGUCGCCGCUGAGCAUGGAUAUGGGCGAAGCGACUUGGACGAAGACACUCGAAUCGCAGCGGCUUACUGGAGGAGCAUUGGACAGUCGUUCUCGUUGCUAGCUACAGGCACCUCGAAGGCGUCUGUCGGUUUCUUCUUGCUUCGAAUUGUGGUGGUCCGGUGGCAGCGGAUCGCAGUCUGGGUCUUCAUGACAUUCCUCUUCCUAGCUUCUAUCUUGGCCACAAUCAUGACUUGGGCUGCGUGCAAGCCGUUCGCGUAUACAUGGGAUGAUCGGAUACCUGGAGGCACCUGUCUCAACACGAUUCCUCUAUCAAUGAUUCUUGCUAUGGGCACAAUCAUUGUUGAUUUAUUCUUCGCUAUAUUGCCUUGGAUUUUUAUCUGGAAGCUCAAUGCACCUCGCAGAGAGAAAUUCAUGAUUGCUGGUAGCUUGAGUCUUGGUAUAUUUGCCGCCCUCGCCGGUGCCAAGCGCAUUAUGGAAGUCAAAGGUGUCCGAGACGUGCCUGUUGGAGUCAUUGUUUGGUCGCAAACUGAGACUUCUCUGACACUUGUCGCCGUCGGAAUACCAGUCUGUCGCCCAUUGUGGACGAGGACACUGAAGAAGUGGUUCUCCUCCCGCAACCGCAGCUCCUACAUCCGACAACCGGACGAUCAGCAACGAGGACCCGAGCCUAUUGGGUUGCAUACUUUUGGAGGAAGCCCCAUGCCUGGUGCCAAUAUGGCAGGAAGGGCUAAGAACAGAGCUUCGAAUAUCUUUGCAAUGCUCACGGGAACGCUGGCAACAAACAGGACAGCGACAAAUAAGACGGCGACAACUAGAACGGAGACGACUGUCCAAACGCGUGAUGCUAACGGCGACAAAAGUAUCGACAAGGGGGAUCUGGCAGAUGACCGCAAGCAGAAUGAGGUAGUACUCAGUGGUGCGGAUCUAGAGUCUGGUGUGAGCUCUGAUAGAUCUUCCGAUGUGAAACGAUCGUGGAUUUUGGGAGAGCCUAUGCGUCAACACGAGGUGUUGAGCCAUGGCCACAGUGGUGAGACUCAGCAGACGGAUGUGAUUGUGACCACGAAGACGUACGAAGUUACUAGAAAGCAGUAG